UCUUCCUUUUUCCCACCCACCUCAUAACAGCAGCUCUCGUCCUAGAGGGCGAAGAGAGGUGGCAUUUGAGUCCUCCGGUAUCCCAGCAGGCAGUGCAGCCUAGAGACGCUGACAAAGGACUGAAGGAGCAGUCGCAGCCUUGGAGCCGGGUUUGCCGAGAUUGCCAAAAUGCUUUGGAAUUUUUAACUGACUUUAAGGAAAGUCCAAAAUAGAUUUGAGACUGUGAAAAAAGCUGCAGCAAGGGGGAUUCAGUGCCAAUGCAUCAACAAAAAAAACAGCAAGAUUUAGUGGAAGGAAAUCUUCCUGUUUUUGUGUUUCCCACGGAGCUAAUAUUUUAUGCAGAUGACCAGUCAACACAUAAGCAAGUGUUGACUUUAUAUAACCCCUAUGAGUUUGCCUUAAAGUUCAAAGUUUUGUGUACUACUCCAAAUAAGUAUGUUGUCGUUGAUGCUGCAGGUGCAGUAAAGCCUCAGUGUUGUGUGGAUAUUGUGAUUCGUCAUAAAGAUGUUCGAUCCUGUCACUAUGGAGUAAUGGACAAAUUCCGUCUCCAAGUUUCUGAACAAAGCCAGAGGAAGGCUUUAGGAAGGAAGGAGGUUGUGGCCACUCUUCUCCCUUCUGCAAAAGAGCAACAAAAGGAAGAAGAGGAAAAAAGAAUAAAGGAACCAUUAAGUGAUAGCUUAUUUUUUGAGCAGUCUUUUCAACCAGAAAACAGAACUGUCUCCUCAGGACCUAGUUUACUAACUGUCUUCCUGGCAGUGGUGUGCAUUGCAGCUCUGAUGCUUCCUACACUGGGGGAUGUGGAAUCGCUGGUGCCUCUCUACCUCCACUUAAGUGUGAAUCAAAAAUUAGUGGCUGCUUACAUCUUAGGUCUUAUCACAAUGGCUAUAUUUAGAACAUGAGCAAGGAAUUCAAUUGACUUCUGAAGUAAAUUUAUCUUGAAAAUAUGAAUGUGGACUGCCUUUUAUCUCUAUUUCACUCCAUUAAUAUGCUAUAAACUAUUGAAUGAUUUACAGUGAUUAUAAAUAUAUAAUAUAUAUUUUAAAUUACUUUAUAAUUUUAUUCAAAGGACUCCAGCACAUUAUGUUAUUAAAAAACAAAAAAACAAAAACCAACAACAUACCAGGAUGCUUCUGAGUGACACCGAGGAAAUUCUUUGAAGAAAUUCUUUUUAUAUCUAAACCUGUUGUGCAAAAGACUUUAAUUAAAACAUUUGUUAUUUUCUCAUCUUUUUUCUAAUUCAUUUUAAAUUUACUUUAAUUGUUAGGCUCAUGUGUCCUUCAAAGUUAUUUAAAGUCCUAAAACAGCAAACUGACUAGCCUAAAAAUAAAAUUACAUUUAUUUCCUUGCUACGAACAUCAACAUUACUAUGUAAAUUAUACCUUGGCUUCUAUUAUAAACAGUUGCCAUGGUGUUUCUGAAAUAAGAGUUUUACAGUUAAUGUGUUGAGGGUUUUUUAUAAAGCACAAAGUAUUGAGGAAUCAUGCUUAUUCUAGGGCUCACAGAAGACAGGACAUAUUUAAUUCAUCUUCUGAAUUACAGAAUAGGUUGUGGUCCAGACACCAAACAUGUGGGGUUAUUUUAAACCUCAUAAAAGUAGGCUGACCUCUCUUAUUUGGUCUAAGAAAUCUAAAGGAAGGUAGGCAUGUGUUUAGCUAGUGGUUCACCUUGGCUUUACCAUUGGAUCACGGGUCCUCAAACUACGGCCCGCGGGCCACAUGCAAAUACAAAUACUGUAUUUGUUUCCGUUUUGUUUUUUUUACUUCAAAAUAAGAUAUGUGCAGUGUGCAUAGGAAUUUGUUCAUAGUUUUUUUUUAAAACUAUAGUCCGGCCCUCCAACGGUCUGAGGGCCAGUGAACUGGCCCCCUGUUUAAAAAGUUUGAGGACCCCUGCUUUGGAUAAUGCUUUAUGUUAAUAGGAGGAAAAAUCUUUUUCUCCCCAGCCUCUUGCCUGACUGUAGGAGACUAGGCCAGUUUGGGAUUACCAGAUACCGGAUGGUUUAUGUGGAGAUGAUUUUUCACCUUUAAACUCUAAGCCAAGUAUAGAAAAUCCUUGAAAUCUGUGUCUAUUUUAUAUCAGUCACUGAGACAUUUUUAAGUUUAUAUUUAUUAUUAAAACAACUUUAUGAAAAAGUCCCCGAAGCACAACUAUUUACAUUUCUUUAUAGCAUCUUCUGAUCUCUAACACAUAUAUGCAGUUUUAACUGUUACUGUCAUACUUAGGAUUUUUAUCUGAGAGCACAAUGCAUUACGAGUCUCAAUUCUUUUUUCAGAUCUUUUUACAGAAUGAACUUAUGCACUGCUACUGUAGUAUUCUCAAGGAGUAUAUGUAAACACAAAAUGUACGCCUGAGGUUGGUUUUAGCAGGAAACAGUUCUUUGCGUCUAACGUAAAAGCUUUUACAUAUACUCUUUCAUAGGAAAUCCUGAUUGGUUUAACCAUUUGGGGAGCAUAAAUCAUUAAACGGAUCAUGUCUGUACAUUGUGUAAUGAAUGGAAAGCACAUAAACGUCAAUGUAAUCUAUUUUGAACUUUGUAAAAAAAACCUGUUUGGAGGCUAUCCUUGUUUCUCUGUCCAUCUUAAGUCCUGUGUGUGUGUGUGCGCGUGUGUAUGGGUAUGUGUGCACAUGCAUGUGCACGCAUGUGUGUGUAUGAUAACACAUUGUAAUAAAAAUAAAUUACUUAAAAAUAAAAGAAAAUGGAGACACAAGUUUCA